AUGGUGCCACCAGCUGCCCCAGACGCAUAUCCGAGCAGCGCCAAACCUCCCAAUUCGCGAUCAUGGACAUCUCGACCGACCACACCGCUUCGCCCACCUUCGCAGUCGUCUUUCCGUGGAUCUCUGCAACCUUCAGGCGACGGAGAUGGCGCGUUUCCUCUCAAGAGAUUAGAGCCAGCAUUUGCAGAGCUGUCUGAUGCCAUGGCUGAUCUGGAGGCAAACAUGAUGCAUUUUCAACUUAUAGACGAGAGUUUGGCUAGAUUUGGCGAAUCGUUCGCGAGUUUUCUUUACGGCCUAAAUAUGAACGCUUUUUGCGUCGACUUCCCAGAGACCCCCAUACUUCAGUCGUUCCGUCGAGACCGCCAACCCAGCACUGAAUUGCGACCAGCACACGACGCAGAGGCAACUUAUAUGACGACCGAUAUAUCCUUUGUGGAAAGCCCCCCACAAUCGACAAGGCCUAAUCCGAAGCAAAAAGGACCUGAACAACGCCAAUCGCGUUUACCAUCUGCACGAGGUAGCUCAACAAGAGGCAGACCAACCACCAGUCGCUCAUCUAGCCGGCCUAGUGGUAUUGUGCGGCCGCGAGGACGGGCUCUGAGGUAG